ACGUCACCAAAGCCCGAGUGCAGUGUCGCCCUCAUUCGAUCGAUCGAAGAAAGACAUUCAUAUCACUCGUGAAUGAAUGAAGAAACAAGAGAGGGAAAUCCCUUCACUCAGCUCAGAUGUAAUUGAGGCCUUGUUAGAAUGGCUCCCGUACCGAGAAACCAGCGGCGUCAAUUGAAGCUACAAUGUGAAUGGAAUGGUUGCAGUUCAGUGUUAGAGACUACACAAGCCUUCACUGAACAUCUGAUGAACCAUGCUGAAGAAUUCAUUGCUAGUGCACUAUCCAUCGAGAAAUGUCUUGCUGAUGUCGACAUAGAUGAUACUGAUGACUACCAAUGCCAGUGGGAUGACUGUGGAUACGUGACUAACGAAGGAUCGGGAGCUCUGCUCAGGCAUCUGUUAUUCCAUGGCUACCAUACACGGAUCAAAUGGGCUGGGACUGUAGAAAGAGAACGGUGCAAAAUAGAAACAUGUCAGCUGGAACCCCACAGUAGAAACAUCAUCCCUGAAGUCCCAAGUUCUUUUGUAUGUAGUUGGGACGACUGCACGUUUGUGACAAACAAUCCAGAUUUCUUCUACUGUCAUGUUGAGAUGCACAGUCAGAUGGAGGAGCCUAUACAUGGUGUAUUAGAAUGCAGGUGGAGAGAUUGCCAGGUGAAGACCAAGGAUAAGUACAAGCUCCGGGAUCAUCUCCGAUGUCAUUCUCAGGAAAAGAGAUUUGGUUGCAGUCAAUGUGGUGGUCUGUUCAGCAACAGAACCAAGUUCUUCGAUCACAUUCAUCGCCAGGGUAUACUAGAUGAGCCUAAUUUCCAGUGUUCUCAUUGUUCCAAAGUUUUUGCAUCUGAAAGAUUGUUGAGAGACCAUAUGAGACACCAUGUGAAUCACUACAAGUGUCCUUUCUGUGACAUGACAUGUCCGGCGCCCUCUGUGUUGAAGAAGCAUAUCCAGUGGAGACAUUCCUCAGAUCGACCUUUUUCCUGUGAACUCUGCGACCAUGCAGCCAAAACAAGGACAGAUAUGAGGAGACACAUGGAGAGUCAUAAUGCUGGUGAUGCGUAUUCUUGUGAUAUUGAAAGCUGUACAUUCACUGCUAAGACACUGAGCGCACUCAGAACACACUUCAGGAAGUGUCAUUCAGACUUGGAGGAGAAACGAUACUUGUGUCACGUUUGCCAAUCAAAGUUCGCAAGAGGUCAUGCAUUAACCAAUCAUCUUAAAGAGAAGCAUCGCUUCAAGUGGCCCUCUGGUCACGUCAGGUUCAGGUAUAGGGAGCAUGAGGAUGGGUUCUUGAGGCUACAGACGGUACGCUACGAGAGCAUUGAACUCACACAACAGUUCCUACAAGAUACCUCCAUCAAUGCCCCACCCACAGCCCCGCCCUCAGCCCCAACCACUGUCCCACCCACAGCCACACCCACUUCCACAUCCCUGAAGACUAUCCCUGAGGAAGUAACUGCCAAUCACCAGUCAUCUACCACACAAGAAGCAAAGAAAGGAAAGGCAACUAAGAAACGAAGGUCACCACGGAAGGGACGGACCAAGAGAAGAAAGAAGGGUUCCCCUGAGAAAGUCAAUGUUGAGGCUAGCAAGACAGCUUCACCGGAGGAAGAGAUCCUCGAACCAAGCAAUAAAAGGUUCUGUGAUGAAGUGAACUUUGAACCCAGCAAGGUGCAAUAUGUAGAAGAUUCCCAAGGAUCAGUCAUCAUCGUGGAUUACACCCUGGACCUGAAAAACGCAAACGAAUCCGGGAGGAGAGUCUUCGAUGUCGAAGACCUGAACAGCGCCAUCGGUGCCAAAGAAAGACCUGUCCAGUCCAACGAGACAGGGUUGUAUAACAUUGUGCAGGAUCAGGACAGUGCUCACGCCAUCGCGAAGAACAUCCAAGAUAUGUCGUCGAUGACAAGGUCAGGGUCAAAGGUGACAUUAGAGACCGGUGGAUAUCCACUCUCUCAGGUGCAAUAUCAUCAGGAGCUUAGAACCGAUCACCAGACUCAUGUCUUUCCUAUUGAGCAGCUGCAGGGCGUUGAUGUCGAGGAGGAGAGGAGCGGCGAAGAAGGAACUCCGAAGAAACCUGGUAGCGGUGACCUUUCACCUCAGGGUAUAGAUAAUGUGAAGAGCUUGAUGACGAGUGAAGAUGAGAUAAGGAGCCGUUAUCCUGGUUUGGAAGACGAUAGAAUGGCUAUGGCUGUUGAAGCGAUGACAAACCUCUCGAGAGGGUUUGUUAGCUGAUAGAAGUGUGAUGUCACAACCUUAGAAUCCCCUUGGAAACGGGUUCUAAACGGUUUCAAAUUAGUAGCACCGGUGUGUCAUAUUGCAAUAGAGUACCAAAAUAAAAUCAGUCUUAAGUGUGUUGGUUUGUAACUUGAACCAUGUAAAUUUACACUAAUUUCAAUUUGCACAUAAAAACCAAAGAAGCAAGCCAGUAAAUAAAAGACGUUCUAUGAAUUCAAUGCAAGUCUCGUCAUCAAAAUAUUAAUUAGGGUUGAAUUAUGGGACAGAUUCUGCAUAGAAUUUUGAUCUCAGAGUAGUACCUACGCAGGGUGUUUGAUCAUAUUUUCUCUUCCCAAAUGAUGCCUCAAAUACUUUUUUUUUGUCAUGACAGUGGUGAAAACUAUUCCCCUUUUCCCUCAUUUUGGCAAUUUUAAUACCCUUUCUACUUUUUACAGGCUUUUGGGGCCACCUUGUAAUGGUAGUGCCCCCAUCCACCCCUGGGUAAAAUUUGAAGUAAAUCCUGAAAGGAAUUAUGAUGAUGAUGAUGAUAUGUCUUAAUUGCAUGACUCAAUUCUAUUUUCCAUAUUGAAAAUAUCUUAAGCAUAAUCAAUAGGGAAAUGAAAAGAAUAAUUGUAAAGAUCUUACUUGCUUGUAUUAAUAGCACCUCUUAUUCAAGGCCUGGUCCCACUGGCCGACGGACACAAAACGUACUCAUAACGGAUACAGCGGACAAGCAAAAUUUCGCGGUGGCUCCAUCCGUUUCCACCCGCUCCAGACAAUGGACAUAAUGUGCGAACAGUGAAAUAACUUGGACAGAGAUGCUCGAUGGAUAUAGAGCGUAUGAAACGCAUAUGCAUACAGUACACAACGGAUACAUAACAUUUUCCAACGGAUGGCAAGAUUCUUUUCCGUUUUACAUUCUCUCUGCAUCUGUAAGUGCAGUGGGACCAAGCCUUUACAUUGUUGCAAGUCUCUGAUUAUUAGCACUCUUUACAUGUAAUAAUGCAGCAUAAACCACUCUGGAUUUAUAAGAGCAGAUGUUACCCGUGCUGCAUUUCAAGGACUACAUUCGUACUAGGUCUAUUACAAAUGACAUAGUAGUACAUCAUUCCACUUAUGAUCUUUGUGUUUGAUGAUAAUAGAUUAUUCUCAUUGAUUGUCAAUAAAUAUUUUAAUUCAUUAUCACAUGUUCUUGCCACUGGCAGACCUUCAUUUUUGAGGAGCGCGAUUGCGCCGGCGCUCCUUAAAAAAAAUGAGAACAAAAAAUCGCGCUCCUAAAAAAAAAAAAAAAAACACCUUCACAAAAAGGUACUGAAAUUUAACAUUUUACAUCUUUAUAUUCAUGAAAUAGGCAUCUAUUUUCCAUAAUUCCUUGAAAUUAUUUUGAUUAAGUUAGAAACUACCGAAGAAAUGAAGAAUAUUCACCUCUUUCCUGACUCUGAUUUGAUGUUAAACUCGGUAAAAAUUGUAGUCCCAUAUGUAGAUUUUCAUGGUGUUGACCAAGUGUAAAACGAUCAAUAACGAUCAAAACGAUCGAACGAUCUUUUUCAGUUAAUGUUGCAACACCAUGGAAGUCUACAUGUGGGACUACAAUAUUUACCGAUCGUAACAUCAUCAAUCAGAUUUAAGAAAGAGCUUAAUAUUCUUCAUUUUACUAAUAGUCUUCAACUAAAUCAAAAUAAUUUCAAGGAAUUAUGGAAAAUAGAUGGCCAUUUCAUGGAUUUAAGAUGUAAAAUGUGAAAUUUUAGAAAUUUUUUGUACAGUAUUUUUCUUUAAGUUUUUUUUUUAAGCAGGAGCGUGAUAUUUUAUAAACGUAUUGACCCAGGCCUUGUUUCACCACAGAAUAAUAGCUACACAUCUAUUGUAUUUACAAUUUAAAAAAUUUAAGAAAAAUCUACAAUUUAUCAUACAUGUAUUGUAUUGAAUUGAUUUGAGCUCCUCAAGGAGAGCGAUUCUGAGGAGCUCAAUUGAGCUCCUGG